GGGUGUGGAGACAGUUAAGCUCCAUGUACAACACAGAGCCCGUCCAACGGAACAAACUCACUCAGGGAGACGGCCGAAGCAAUAAAGACGGUUCAAUAAUCUUUCAAAAUGUCCGGCAUUGCGUCCAAACUUCAGCACGGCCGAGAAAAAUCACACGGAAUAGGAUCCAACUCUCAUGCAGUGAAAUACCUCAACCAGGACUUUGAAUCGCUGCAGAGAAGCUGUCUGGAGAGAGGACAGUUAUUUCAGGAUGACAGCUUUGAGGCUCUGCCCUCGUCCUUAGGAUAUAAAGAUCUCGGACCCGAUUCCUCCAAAGUGCGAGGCAUCACCUGGAAAAGACCCAAGGUGGGUACAAUGAGUAGACAGUUUUUACUUUUUUUUUUUACCAGGACUGAUAUUUGCCAAGGAGCCCUUGGUGACUGCUGGCUCCUGGCAGCCAUCGCCUCCUUGACUCUGAACAAAGAGGUGUUGUCUCGCGUUGUCCCCCACGACCAAAGCUUUGAGGAGAAAUACGCCGGCAUCUUCCACUUUCAGUUCUGGCAGUUUGGGGAGUGGGUGGAUGUGGUGGUUGACGACCGCUUGCCCACCAAAGAUGGAGAGCUGCUGUUUGUUCAUUCAGCGGAGGGCUCAGAGUUUUGGAGUGCGCUGUUGGAGAAGGCCUAUGCCAAAAUAAAUGGAUGCUAUGAGGCUCUUUCCGGAGGCAGCACCACUGAGGGAUUCGAGGACUUCACGGGAGGCAUUGCAGAGAGACAUGAGCUGAAGAACGCAGAUCCGCGCCUCUUCAGGAUCAUUAAGAAGGCCUUGGAGAGAGGCUCCCUUCUGGGAUGCUCCAUUGAUAUUACCAGUGCGUCUGACUCAGAAGCUGUCACAUAUCGCAAGUUGGUGAAAGGCCACGCCUACUCUGUGACAGGAGCGGAGCAGGUAAGUUACAGAGGAGACCAGGUGCAGCUGAUCAGGAUUAGGAACCCAUGGGGUGAGGUGGAGUGGAACGGAGCUUGGAGUGACAAGUCUUCUGAGUGGAGAUAUGUGAGUGACGGUGACCGAAAGAGGCUGACACACCGCUGUGAGGAUGGGGAGUUCUGGAUGUCGUUUUCCGACUUCCUGCGGCAAUAUUCUCGCCUUGAGAUCUGCAACCUCACCCCUGAUGCGCUCACAGGCGAUGAGUUCAAGAAAUGGAAAGAGUCAGAGUUUGAAGAAACGUGGAGACGAGGCGUUUCAGCUGGUGGCUGCAGAAACUUUACAGAUUCCUUCUGGAUGAAUCCUCAGUUUGUCAUAAAGCUGGAGGAGGUGGAUGAUGACCGUGAGGAUGGUGAGGAGGGCUGCACCUUCAUCGUGGGCUUGAUGCAGAAGAACAGGCGGCGUAUGAGGAAAAUGGGGCAGGACAUGGAGACCAUCGGCUUUGCCAUAUAUGAGCUGCCUGAUGAGUACUCCGGCCAAAGGCAAGUGCACCUGAAGAGAAACUUCUUUGUGCGCAACUGUUCAGCAGCGCGCUCCGAGACCUUCAUCAACCUGAGAGAAGUGAGCAACCACUUCUGUCUCCCCCCUGGAGAAUACCUCAUCGUCCCCUCCACCUUUGAGCCCAACAAGAACGGAGACUUUUAUGUGCGGGUGUUCUCCGAGAAACAGGCAGCUUUCCAAGAGAUUGAUGAUCCCGUAGCCUGUCAUGUUGAGAAGAUUGAUAUCGAUGAAGAUGACAUCAGUGACAGAUUCAAGAGACUGUUUGGACAGCUCGCUGGACAUGAUGUGGAUAUUUCUGCAUUUGAGCUGCAGAAAAUCCUCAACCGAGUGGUGGUGAGGAGAGAAGACAUUAAAACCAGUGGGUUUAGCCUGACAACCUGCCGCAACAUGGUCAAUCUGCUCGAUAAAGAUGGAAGCGGAAAGCUGGGACUGGUAGAAUUUAAGAUUCUGUGGACAAAGAUUGAGAAGUUCCUGGAUGUGUACAAAGAGAAAGACACAAACCAGAGUGGCUGUAUGAACUCAUCGGAGAUGCGGAUGGCUGUUGAGGAGAUCGGUUUCUCUCUCAACACUGCUCUGCAUCAGACAAUCCUGGCCCGCUACAGUGAGGAAGACUUCACCAUUGACUUUGACAGCUUUGUGUGCAGCACGAUCCGCUUGGAGUUACUCUUCAACAUCUUCAACACCCUGGAAAAGAAUGGGUCCGGUGAGAUAGAAUUGGGUUUCAUGGAGUGGAUGAAUCUGGCAAUGUUGUAGAAAGAAGUUCUGAGCGGUAAUGCUUGAAGAAUCCGGCGUGGGGUUGAGGGUCAUCCUUACAGAAUAAUACAAAUAUUGAUUCUUGUGUACAACUGUAAUGGAUAUUGAUAUGGAGGGGAAUCAUGUAUUUGUUUAUCCACGAACACAAUAAAGAACCAAUGUUCCACAAAUACGAAUGUGUUUAUUCAGGGUUAUGAUUACAUACAUGUAAGUGUACGGAGUGGGUUUAAGUAGGCUGCUAAGAGGUCAUCUUUCUUGGAAAUACACUUUGCAGAAUACACAAGAGCACAAUGCUUUAACUCUCAUGUCAACACCUCAUGUUGUUAGUUAGCUUAGCGUAGCAUAAAGGUGUCGCUAAUACCAAUGCAAUGAAAUGAAACAAUAUCCAGAACCGUAACCUAAAUUCUUGGCAAGAAAACUGUAUCUUCUAAAAUGUUGUACUGGUCAUUUAAUUCAACGGUUCUGCUACUGACGGAUGAAAUCUAUGAUCAGAGAUUUCAAGCAGCUGUUCCAAAUUAUUUUUUGCACUAUAUACUGCUUUGCCACACAGUCAACAAGAAGGAUGCAGUCACCAUU